AAGAUAAUUAGAACAGUUUUUAGAGUGUUAUUGCGCUUCCUUUUACCCUUCCAAAAUCCAAAGCUUGACAGACAGACAUCUGGUGAAAAGAUUAGUUUAAAGAAAAACAAAGUCCACUUUGCGCAUCGGAGACUUCGCCGGAACUCCGAUCUGCCACCCCUCCAAUCCCAAUGGAUUACCAACUGAAUUCCCAAAUCUCCGGCGACUCUCCUUCUUCCUCCGCAUCCUCCACCAUCCAAACACCCUCCACUUCCAACCACCACCACCAAAACGGCGGCGCUCCCAUCAACAACAACGACCCCAUGCAUUCUUGGUGGGAAUCCAUCUCUAAAGCUCGUUCUCGCAUCCACCUUCUUUCCUCCCUCCUCCCCUCCUCUAACGACUCCACCACUGACGCUUCUCUCUCCGCCCUUGCUGACUCUGACCGCCCUGCCCGGUCCCUUCUCCUCUCUCCGGGGGCAUACUUUUCUAUUUCUUCCUCUCUCUCUUCCCCUUCCUCCGGCGCCGGUGAUGACCCACUUUGUAACUGGCUCUACGACACUUUCCUUUCCUCUGAUACUGAUCUUCGUCUUGUGGUACUCUCUUUUAUCCCCCUUUUAUCCUCCAUCUAUCUCUCGCGAAUCCAUUCUUCUAUUUCUACUUCUCUAUCUGGUUUUGAAGCUGUUCUUCUUGCCCUUUACGGCGCUGAAACCAAAUCCCGCGGAGGAAAACCCAUACUUAUUUCUAUUCCCGAUCUCUCUCAGCCUUCUCUGUAUCAUAGUCCUAGAAACCCCACACAGGCAAAAUCAAACUCCAGGUCGUCUAAUGCCCAGAAUCGUCCUUUGGUGGGAGUUUUAUCGCCUCCUCUUGAGCAUGAAAUUGCUGUGAAGUCAACUAAACGUGCUUGCAUUGUUGGGGUAGCUCUAGAUUGUUACUAUAAACAGAUUUCCCAUAUGCCAAGUUGGUCUAAGUUGGAUUUUUGUAAAUUUGCUGCUGAUUGGGCUGGGCAAGAUUGUCCUUGCGUGUCAGAAUUUGAUGAAACUGAUGGAAAUUCUGAGAAUUCUGUUGAAUUUAGUAAUGGGGAUCUGGAGGGUGUUUCUGAAGCGAUGCAGAAUUUGAGAAUUGAAAAUGGAUAUGAUGAAUUAAGGCCAAAGGGUGCAAGAAUUCCACUUCCGUGGGAAAUAUUGCAGCCUGUGAUAAGGAUCUUGGGGCAUUGUUUGUUGGGUCCUUUGAAUGCUGAGGAUGUGAAGGAUGCUGCUUCAGUGGCAGUGAAACGGAUGUAUGCAAGGGCUUCACAUGAGUUGAAUCCGCAGGCAAUUUUGGCAACUAGGAGUUUGAUUCAGCUUGACAAGAAAGGUCGUGAGACAGCUAAGAUAGCUGCUGCAGUAACCGUUAUGUCAAAUGUUAACACACCUAGUAAAGCUAAAAAGCCGGAGAUCCUUUUGGUUUCCAAAUGAUUGCAGUGUACCUGAUGGUUUGACUGGUUUUCACUUACUAUUUUUUUCACAUGGUCUUUCUUCCUUUAUUAAUGACAAGUUUGUGUAUGUUAGAAUUAUUAUAAGUAUAUCGUUACUAUUAUUUUUUAAUUAGACCUUGUUAGAUUUUAUAUGUAGUAAAUGUCUAAUGCCAAAGAAGGUUUGUGUGAUUUUGAAUUUGAUGUGGCAACUUGCCUGUGUGCUCUGUAACUUGAUUUUUAUCUCAAUAUUUUGGAGAGGGAAAAGUACUUGUUCUGUGA